AUGAUGAGCGCGGCCUCUUUCAUGAUUCCUCUGGGCGAGCGUCCCCCGCAGUACCGCACUCCGUCCCCUCCGCGACGCGCCGUCGAGCCCAUCACACCGUCGACCGCCGAAUUUCGAGCAUCAUGGGCCGAGCGCGGCAUCGCUCGGGCUGCCAGCCUGGAUCGCGAUCAGCGCCCGUCAAAUCAUGCUCGGAGUGCCCUCGCCGAUGGUGGUUCACAUCACCGAUCGGGCCAUGGCCGGUCAAAUUCAACCAUCGACACGCUUGCGACGAUCGCCCUCGCAACAAGCCCUACCCUCGCGCCGCUUCCACCUUGCCCAUCCUCUCCCAAUUCUCGAUCGACCGUUCCCUUAUUUACUUCCGAACUUACAACCGCCGAAAGACCUGCGAAACGCCCUCGGUCGGAGCGGGACCCGUCACCAUACCAUUCUUCUUCCUCCUCCCGGGCUAUGCCACUGGCCAAUAGCCCACACCCGUCUAUGUUGGAUAGCAUGAAAACCGAUGCAGAGCUUUUACUCAACUUCGCUCGACCGGCCAAUAUCCAUCCCGCCGGCCACCACACUAAACGAGUUAGCAUCGACGAAUCCUUCCAUCACCACCACCACUAUGGAGGCGAUGCGGUGCGGCACAAUCGAUUCGGGGUUUCCAAUGGAGGAUAUGGUGGUGGGCGGGCGGAUACAAAGCUUGAGUAUCAUCAUCCGGAGGACCACGUCCCGCCGUCACGUAUGAGAUCGCGUUCCGAUGGGUCGGCAUUCAUCUCGCGCCCUGUCAUCCGUGGCAUGCGACCCACCACCAGCGCAGGUACGCUUCCUCCUAUCGCCUGGGAGGAAGACAACGAAGAUAGUGCUUCGCCGACGGAGAUGUCGCGCUACGCGGGGUACGGCGAAUACAGCUCCUCCGGCCCUCAGCAGGUGCCGUUUGGUUCUCAAACAACAAUGGGCGUGACACCAAAGGUUGAAGAGGAGGACGGCAGUGAUACGAAUCAAGCAAGUUGUGCAGCGUGUCAUAUGGUACGGAUCCCGGUGGAAACGGAGGAACAAGAAGAAGAUACGUGGAUUGGCUGCGACGGGUGCAAACGCUGGUUUCAUAUCGUCUGUGCUGGGUUCAAAAAUGACCGAGAAGUUCGCACGGUCGACAAGUUCAUUUGCCGCAAUUGCCGAUCCGUCCACGGUCAAACGACUUUCGUACGAAAAUCCUCGCGAGCGCGCACGGCAAUUGACUAUGCCGGUCUCAAUCAGGGUCUUGUGAAGGCGGCUUCGGAUUCCAAGGAACACCACUAUCUGGAGCCUAUUCGCCAGGGCAAAAUCAGAUUCCUACCGGAAAGCUUCCCUCGUAUGAAGCCAGAGCUGGUCAAUGCAGAAUACUUCGAGCGAGGCAAUGGGUGGACAGAACCAGUGGUGAUACCUGCUUGCUGGAAUACUCAUGAUCCCGUCCCGGAGGUAGACUCGGACUUUGAAUCUCUCGUGCAAGACGCCUCAUCCCAAGAAAUGUUCGACGACCUGCUUGAGCAUCUUGAGGAACAUAAACGGCAUGUUGAGGAGACUAUUGACUGUGGACAGGAUCAGCUGGAUAUGGUGAUUCCUCAAGGGUUGACUGUUCGGGCAGUGGCUGAGCUGUACGGUCCCGAGGAACGAGUCGAAGUGAUCGAUGUCAAGUCGCAACAAGGAGAGGAUAAGAGGUGGGAUAUGCAGAAAUGGGCCGAUUACUACGAGAGCAACGAGCCUAAUAAGCCGGUUCGGAACGUCAUCAGUCUGGAGGUUUCGCAGAGCAGGCUUGGCAGGCUCAUCAAGCGACCCAAGGUUGUGCGCGAUCUCGAUUUGCAAGAUGCAGUCUGGCCAGAUGAGCUUAAAGCCAUCGGUGAAUACCCCAAGGUUCAGUUCUAUUGCCUGAUGUCUGUUGCAGACUGCUACACCGACUUCCACAUCGACUUUGGUGGAUCCUCCGUGUACUAUCACAUCCUCAAGGGCAAGAAGACCUUUUUCUUCAUUCCUCCGAAGGACAAACAUCUCAAGAAGUACGAGGAGUGGUGCAACUCUCCGGCCCAAGAUUCGAUCUUCCUUGGCAACCAAACAAAGGAGUGCUAUCGUGUGGAUCUUUCGGAGGGGGAUACUAUGCUGAUCCCGUCAGGAUGGAUCCAUGCCGUCUGGACUCCGGAGAACAGCCUGGUGAUUGGCGGCAAUUUCCUCACCAGACUAAAUUACGGUAUGCAGAUCAAGGUGCUCAACAUCGAGAAGGACACAAAAGUGCCCAAGAAGUUCCGUUAUCCCUUCUUCCAGAAAAUCCAAUGGUACACGGCUUUGAGAUACUUGGGGGAUGACCCCCUCCCUCAAAACGUGCUGGCGGCGUUUGCACAGGAUGAGAAUUAUCAAUUCCACCGCCAUUGCCCAAUUUACUAUGAGUUCGGGGAACUUGCCAAUAAAGAACCCGCCGGAUCGCCAUACUUCAACGCUCGAUUCUACUCCCAGGCUGAGCUGGAGGGACUGCCGGAGCUGACAAAGUACCUUCUGCGGACGGCGCUCAUCGCCAGCUCGUAUACCGUCGAUGGAGUCACCAUGGAAGUUCGCAACGCGGUCAGGAGGUCCAUCCCCAAGGGUAUCGGAGAUCCUGUCGACAUGAUCAGGAGAUUCGGCAUCUGGGUUGCCUGGAAGCGUGGCAACGAGAAGGCGCCGCAGUGGACACACCCCGGGGUCAUCGAGAGCAAUCCCAAGGUCUCGCUCACUGAAAAGAAAUCUGCUGGACGGCCUAGUCGACGGUCCGAACGCAGUGUGGACAGCCAGCGCACUUAUGCUGAAAGACAGGCAGUCCAGCGACCAUCGGAUGAACUCGUUGCAACGCCUAUUCCUCAAGUCAACAAUCUCCCGUACCUACCGUCUGAAAGUGCAACACCAGCCCCAGCCGCUUUCCUUCCCGAGUUUAUUGGCCGAGAGACGUCCUCUACUUCAAAACCACGAUAUGCUCCACGCGGUUCUGGCCUAGGACCGAAGCGUGUGGCAUGUGAUGCGUGUCGUAGACGCCGAAUUCGUUGCCGUCACAAGGAUGAGCCGAGCGACUUGAGCAUGAUGGGUGGACAAAUGGCGGGUAACGGAUUUGGGUCUGGAUCCGGUCUCAGCACUCCGUCUUCUCUGGCUCAGGACGCUGUUUCCGCGCUGAACUCAUUGGCGGCGAUUGCGUCUCAAGCUGGAUUCCAGAAUAAUGGGGUGGUUGGCUUUGACCCAUUCGAGGGUUCAGGCACGUUUCAUUCGGCUAUCAUGGGGGCUUCGACGGCUGCCGCCAACCGGCUGAACGAGAUAAGCCCCGAUGGCACGAACGGUGGCAAAAAGGGACGAAGCAAGGCGUGUGACGACUGCCGAAAAAGCAAGCGUCGUUGCAUCCACGAUGAAUACGGCAGGGUUGAUCCCAUUAAGGCCCAAGAACGCUCCAAGCCUCGUGGGACGGCCUCUUCAAAGCGACCACGGCCAAAUGAAGACGAUAAUGCUCCUGUUGCAGCCAAGAAGACCAAGCAGGAGAGCACGUCUCCAAUCACGCACCCUAUGAGCUUCGAGGGAUACCCCGCCACAGCGAUGGUGCCUCAAAGUGUACCGAGUGCUGCUUUCGACCAUGGAGCUGCCGCCUACGACGCCGAAAGCCACCAAGCCGAGCCCAACAAAGUGGCUGAGGUGACCGUCGGUCAGGCCUUAUAUGCAUCGCCACCAGUCUUCCAUGCUGAUUCGGUAGAGAUGAAGGAUGCAAACUCUGUGUCUGUUUCCUCGAAGCCAACUGUGUCCCUGGUAUCCCCACCCACGUCGCUGGCCGACGAAAUGGAUGUGGUGCACGAUGGUGAGGCCAUGGCGUCAGUCGAAGGCGAGGCGCCUCCUGCCCUCCACACGCCCAACUCCAGCUCUCGUCACUCGUCCCGUCAGCCGCGACAUGUCGAGCGGUUCGUGCCGGAAGCGACCGCUGCUCGCGCCUCGAAACCCGCUGGCAGGGCAAUGUCGUCUACCGCGCGCCGCACCACCCCUGGCCCGCCAUCAUCAUCCAAGAAACCCUCGUCCCGCCCCUCCUCGUCUCAUGCCAAGAAGAGCUCGCCGAUGGUUGAGAGGCACUUCGAGCGACCUGCGGCCACGUCAUUGUCUCCGCAUCAGUCUAAACAUGCCAAGCACCGUGUUGAAGAAGACGCCGAUGCCGAGAGUCUCCGCUUGAUCCGCGAGCUUCAAGAAGAGGAGUUCGGUCUCAGGAGACGGCGAGGCUAG